CCAUUUCAGUUUCACUCCGGCACGGCCUGAAAUCGCGCGCUCCGUCCACGCUGUCUGAUCGUCCGCGGCGGUCCGCUCCGCGCCUCCCACGGAUUUCCUCGCGAGGCCGUGUUCGUACGGGCCAUCCGGGACGCGCGUUUUCCAGCCAGCGUUAUUAUUAUCACCCAUCUUUUACUCAUCUGCCAGCGGGGGCGGCUUCCCACAGGAGAAAGGAGCCGUUUGUUUUUCUCACCCUGCACGCCGCCGCCCGGAGAAAGGAACCUGCCCGCCGGGAUCAACAUUAACGCAAGGCAAGCGGGAUGGGAUACGGCGAGAUGGACGGCUGCGGCCGCUGUAUGAAGUAUUCCUUGUUCUUUACGAACUUCGUCAUCUUCAUCGGCGGGCUAAUUGUGACAGGCUUAGGCGUGUGGGCGUUGGUUGACAAGGUACCGUGGAUAGGCGAGCUUGUGGGAAACGAUCUUUUGACUGGGUCGGUCUACGUCCUGCUGGUUGGCGGAAUCAUCGUGGCGGUGAUCGCCUUCUUCGGAUGCGUCGGUGCAGCACGAGAAGUCAAGUGUAUGCUCUUGACGUACUUCAUAAUUUUGUUCUUGCUGUUCGUGACGAUGCUCAUCGGCGGCGUCCUCGGUUACGUUUUCCGCGAAAAAUUGCUGAGCACGGUCGACCGAGAGAUGAAAAGCUCGCUCCGACUUUACGAUACCCGCAAAUCCAUCCGGGAUGCCUGGGACACCACGCAAUCGACACUCCACUGUUGCGGCGUUCACAGCUGGAGGGACUGGGGAAGCUACGGACUUAGCGUGCCGCAGAGCUGCUGUCGAGAGAUUCAGCCCGGUCAGCGAUUCCACUGCAACGCGGGUCCGGACACGGUAAAUCCCUCCAACGCUUACGUGGACGGUUGCAUCAACGGGACGCAAAUUUAUAUGCAGCAGCACGCGGCCGUUAUGGGUGGCGCCGGUAUCGCAGUCGCAUGCCUCAUGUUCCUCGGCAUGAUAUUCUCGUGCGCGCUCUUCAAAAUGAUAGAAUGACGCAGGGACAAUUCCACGGUGUGAGUCUUUCCCCGUCAUCCGCUAAGGGGACGAACGGGGAAGUGGGACGAGUCUUCGAGGUCCUCAGGGGAUUCACAGCAGUUUCAUCGUCGGCGGAGCCGCUCGUCGCUAAAUGCACUCCAUUAGGACCGUGAUAAUCAAAACAACGAAGAAUCUCUAUCUAAUCGGUAACUCGGUUUCAACAUGAUUUGAACGCACCUCUUUUCCUCUCUCGAAAGAGCGAAAGCGUUCGAAGCGUUUUGAAGCCAAGUGUACAUACAGUUGUCACGCUAUUUUGUUACGUACGUACAUUAUCUCGUAAGACACGUACGGCGAUCGUGCCGUUACUCCAUAUUUUCGAACAUAAAUCGCAUAGGUAUUUAAGACUUCGCUUAGCCGCAUGUGUCAUUAGUGUGAUACACGCAUCGUGUACCUUGUGUAUGUGCCGUAAUAAAUGCGAUACGCAUAUUA